AUGGCGGCAUUGGAAGAUGAUAAUGUCAACGUAAUAGGAGUGUACGGGAUGGGAGGUAUGGGCAAAACCACACUCGUCAGAGAGGCUGCCAGACAAGUCAAGAAGAAAAAGCUGUUUGAUGAAGUGGUCUUCGUAUCUGUAACACAGACACCAAACAUGGUGAACAUUCAAGACGAGAUUGCCGAGAAGUUAGGCCUGAAAAUUGAGGAGAGGAGCGUUGAUGUACGAGCUGCCCAGCUACAUGAUCGACUAAAAAAAAUCAUCAAUGUUCUUAUCAUCUUGGAUGAUAUUUGGGUGACCCUGGAUUUGGAGGCACUUGGAAUUCCUUCUAUAGACGACCACAAGGGAUGCAAGAUCUUGAUGACUUCUAGGAGGCAAGAAGUAUUGAAGUCGAUGGGUUCUCAGAAAGUCCUUCCAAUUGAACUACUGGAAGAAGAUGAAGCAUGGAAGCUGUUUAAGAACGUGGCUGGUACUAUAGCUGAAAGAUCUGACUUGCAACCUACAGCAGAAAAAGUCGCCCAAAAAUGUGCAAGAUUGCCGAUCGCUAUUGCAACAGUUGCAAAGGCUUUGAAACAUAAGGAGAAUUUGUAUGAAUGGGAGGAUGAUUUGGAAAGGGAGCUAUCAGGUGAUGUGCAUUCAGCCAUAAAGAUGAGCUAA